UCUCUUCUCCCCAAAAUGGAGCCCCCUCUGCCCAUCGUCCUCUCCCUGGGCUUCACUUCUCGUUUGUUCUUUACAGCUAAGGAGGGCUACUGCUACAAUGUGCCCCCCUUGGGAGACGUCUUUGACACCCAGGACUGCAGCGCCUGCCAGAAGAACGCGUCCUGCUCCACCUGCGCCAGGGAUCACCACUGCCCAGGCACCCAGAAAUGCUGCCCAGGAGACUGCGGCUACAUCUGCGAGGAAGCCAUUACGGAUGUUUGCCAGCUGCCCUCCGUCUGUGGCAUCUGCAAGGCGAUGUUCCCACGCUUCUUCUACAAUGCUUCCACUCACAAAUGUGAGCGGUUCAUCUAUGGCGGCUGUGGUGGCAACAAGAACAAUUUUGAAUCUGAAGACGAGUGUCUUGGAACCUGCAGGUUCACCAAAGCCUGACCCACCAUCCUUCCGUUUCCAGGGAGCGUCUAACUGUUGGCUGGAACAGAGCCGGCAAAAUCACCAGACUGGACUCCCGACUCAGCUGCUUUCCUGGAGCCCUGACUCAGAUGGGAAAAGAGUGAUGCCUCCGAGUGGUUGAAUCUGCCUUGUCUGCAUCCCCCUCCCUCCCCCCUGCCCCUCCGUAUACUCUGUGUUGUGUCUCUGUGCAGUUGCCCCCAAAGGACACUCCCUCACACUCCCUGGGCUGGUCCUGGUUGGCGUGUGCCUUGGCUAUGUCCCUCCCCAGGCUGGGUGGUGAGAUAGGCUGGUCCUCUUUCCCAUCCCUGCAGGUUAGAUGAAGGGACUGGCAGUCCUGGUCAGUCUGGCCAGAGGGGACUUCCUCUCACUCACACUCCGCUUGCCCCCAGGAAGGGUCCUGCUUGCCAGGCAGUGGGGUCUCGGGAGAAAGAGGGACAGAGAGUUCUCCAAACACAGAGGACCCCUGGCCCUUGGCGACCUGACUCCUAGUUUGACUGCAAUGGGGCCAGAGCUUCCACCUUCAGAGGAGAGAGCUGGGGGGUAGCCUUGGGUCAUCGCAGGCACAAAAUGGCCCCAUCCUGAUUCAGGCAGCCCUGAAUCUGAGGAAAGAGGAACAUGAACAAUGUCUGAAGGGUGGACUGGAAGCUGGAGAUCCCCUCCCGGACACUCACUGGUCACUCUUUACCAGCCCAAUGGGCCUUAGAGGGCAGAGUGGUGGGGAGAAGAUGGGGCAUGUGUGUGUGUGUGUGUGUGUGUGUGUGUUCUGUGUGUUUCUGCAUGCAUGCUGGGAUAGAAGGCUGAUGAAUGACUGAAUGAAUGAAUAAAUGAAUGAAUGAAUAAGUGAAUGAAUGAAUGACCAAACUAACCAACCAACCAACCAACCAACCAACCAACCAACCAACCAACCAACCAACCAAUUCAACCCCAAACUGUUCCCUAUAGGGCUCUGCUUGUACAUAAUGAGAGAAAAACACACAUUAAAGACACUGAAACUUUACCAAAUGGUCUGAA